CAAAGGCUUCUGAUCCAAACAAACUCAUUUCUACUUGAACUUCUUUGCUAAAGUUUAUCCUACCGCCGUUGCCAAUAUGGUUCGCCGAAUUGCUUCACAGGUGCACAAGCAGGCCGCGCGACUCAUGCGCGCGAACUACAUUAAGAACGAGCCUGUGUGGUUCCAAGCAGUUCUUGAACAUCCCCCCCUUCCUCUACCUCCAAGAGCUCCCCCAGUCCGCGAAGACUGUCGGUUACCAUCCAGAAAAAUGCGGAAACCAAAGACGGAGCCAUUGCCUAUAGUUUACCUGGAGGACAGAGUCCGUCGGCAAUUUUUCCGCGACCAUCCGUUUGAGGCAUUCAGGCCUGUCAGCAUUGUAGAAGGUCGCGAAGUGGAGGUUGAGCAUCCAGUACGAGGAAAGGAUUGGACACGGCUAGCUCAAAGAGGACUCAACCCUUCCCCGGAGAACGCUGUCCAAUUUGCUGUUAACCUGCACAAACACCAUGAAAUGGCCCUUAGCAUUGCAUACACACGCGCUGUUGCCGAGUUCAGAUCACUACGAGCUGGGCAUGAUUUCGCCAACACCUUUGCUCGAAUGGAGGCCGAAGCUUAUGGCACUGUCUUCUCAUCUGAAAUUGACCGGACAUUCGAGAAGGAAGAUGCAGUCUACCAGUCGGCAGACCGCAAGGUUGAGCUUGACAGAGGUGCGCUUCUCGCUCGUAAGCGCUGGAAGGCCAUCUUGGAUGUGGACAGUGGGAUGGGAGAGUUUGACGGAGGACAACAAUAUACCAGACUAUGGAAGCAAGGUGUCCGUCCGACCUACCUUCCGGUAGAUGAACUGGCACCUGCAUCAGAAGCUGGGACGUCUGCGCAGUCUAUGGAGCAGGGUGUCACCGCGAAUCCUGCGUUUCUAAAAUUACUGUAGCUAGAUACGAGACCCAUAGACAUCUAGCAGUUCUCAGCUGUAGACU